CGCUUAAAGGUGGCCAUGCCAGAAGCUUCCAAUCGGAUGGCAACGCCAACGCUAAUAAAGCUACUGUCAAAGUUGCCCAAAGCUAAAUCCGAAAUACAUACAUACAGCGAAAGCAGAAGCAAAAGUCAAGCUGCUGGUGCUGCCCACCAGUGGGCUCUAAAAAUCCCAUUUAAGAGGCAUCUAUUGCAUAUUCAUAUGCAAAAGCCAGUCAACAUGUCUACAGGAGCAGCAGCAGUAUCAACUGUCUCAGCAGCAUCUUGCGGACUGGGCAAGCAGCAGCGUCGUCGUUUGGCUGCCUUCGAUUUUGAUCAUACAAUUGUAUCCCAGAAUACGGAUACAGUGGUACGCGACAUGCUACCCAAUGAAUUGAUAAGCUCAAAAGCACUCACCGAUCUAAUGGAAAGCGAAUGCUGGACAGAGUAUAUGGCUGAGAUAUUUCGUUUGUUGCAUGCGCAACAAGUCCAGGAGUCGCGCAUUCGUGACGUUAUACGCUGUAUACCUGAGGUACCUGGAUUCGUGCGUCUGAUAAAGCACUUGCAUAAGCGUCUCAACUUCGAUUUGAUCAUCAUUAGCGAUUCAAAUAGUGUUUUCAUUGAUGAGUGGCUGCGCGCCCACAAUUUGUCUGAUUGCUUCAAGGCCAUCUUUACGAAUCCCGCUCAUUUCGAUGAGCACGGCCAGCUUCAAGUACGCCCGCAUCAUCAGCAAACGGAUUGCAAGUUGAGCGCCAGCAAUUUGUGCAAGGGCCGUGUUUUGGAGCAUUUUGUCAUUGAGCAGGAUCUGCGCUUCAAUAUACGAUACGAUCAUGUAUUUUACGUUGGGGACGGCAACAACGAUAUAUGUCCCGUUUUGAGGCAACGCGCCUGCGACUUUGCCUGCGCCCGCCAGGGCUUUGCCAUGGAGAGACAUUUAAUCAAGAAUCGCAACAAAUUGAAGUUGCGGGCCCAGUUGCUCAUCUGGCGAAAUGGUUUCGAUCUGCUCGAGCAGAUGUGCGCAUUGCCUCAGCUUCAAGGACAGUCAAUUGAAUCUCAUCCAUUGGAAACAGAGAUCGGCAGACGUGCAUCAGCUGCAGCACCAGCUGCUCCUCCUGCUCCGCCGGAACAGUAAACAUUUCUUUGGCAUUAACAAUACAUACAUAUAUA